AUGGCACCCAUCGAACGCAUCACCCUCUUCAAAAUCCCCAACGAGGAAGACCGGAACCGCGUCCUGGAGCAAUACAAAGUCCUCGCCAAAACCGCCACUAAGGAUGGAAAACCAUACAUUACAAGUGCAGCAGUCGGUGCCUCCUUCCCCGAUCCUCGCAACAAGGGCUUCAAUCUCUCGGUCAAGACGACGUUUGCUUCGUUGGAGGAUAUGCAGUACUAUGAUAGCGAGUGUGAGGCGCACAAGGCGUUGAAGGCGGUUGCAGGGCCUGUCAAGGAGGAUGUGUUGACGAGUUAUUAUGAGAAUAUCCUGUGA